AUGGGGUUGCCAAGCAACAACAACACCGGACACGGACACGACGUAUCGCCUUGUGGGGGUCAGCGGGGGCUUGCAGACUACCACGCCGGCCGGGAAGACGAGAGCAAAGCGCUCUUUGUGGGAAACGCGCUCGUGAAGGGAUACAAGGCGUUCCUUGACGUAAAGCAGAAGGGCUGGCGAGAGUACGUGGAGGAGCCUGGACCUCCCCUGGUCAAUCCCGUCGUUGUUCCAAGCGGGUGCGCCGAGCACGCCAACAUCUACGCAAUCUAUGCCGUCGACUCGAGGCAGGUUUUGAACGCUUUGCUGAUGGAGCCCCGGUUUCUGAGCAUGACACCCGACACGGGUCUGGUGGACUUGACCGCCGAGGAAACGGGACGGUUCGUCCGGACUCUCGUGUCGGUGGUGGUGGUGGAGGUGGUGGUGGUGGUUCGACGUUUCUCGUGGACAACUCACGAACCAAAAUCAAGGCACUCCGAUGCAUGUUGCUGUCGUUUCCAAUCGUGUUUCGUCCCGCCACCCAGACAUCAAGCGAGCGUUGAAGGCAAGAGCGAUCUCGAAAGCGCGGCGUUCUUGUUGGUAACAGGCGUUUGGGCUCCCGGGGGCUUGAUUGAGAGUCCCGUGCUCUACACCAAAGAGGACGGAACCAAGGUGACAGACUACCCGCGCUCGUUGGCGCUUUGGGCCGGCACAACGGACGGCGCCCGCCUCGACGACGACGACGCCGAGCGUCAACAGUACUGGGCGUCCUUUCGGCAGGCCAUCCGGCAGGCCGAACACCGCCUGGGGCAGCAGCAAGAACAAAGAGAUGCCUUCGUCCAAGCGACAGAACAAGAAGAAGAAGCACAACGAGCAGAUGACGGUUUUGGUGACGUCACUACAGCCGCCCGCCCCGUCAGCGAGUGCCGAUCGCAGGCGAGAUACGGGUCCGGACCGGAUAUGGUCAGGAUGGGGAAGGAGUACACUGCGGGCGAGCUCCUGCAGAUCGUGCCUCAAGUCUUUGGGGUCCGUCCUGCGGCCGGGUCGCAGGAGCUGUGACUCGACCGACGCUACUCAAAAGUCAUCACGGAUUUCUAUCUAAAAAUAGAGAUGAAAAUGUGUUUAGAACAGGGACAUACAACCCGUUCGAGAUAGUGCCACAGGCGAAAGGGGCGUGUUUUGAACUCUUCGCAGGCUGUGAGGAAGAACGUUUCGUCGCCCGAGACGACAUCCUAUGACCGGGUCGUUGGAGCUGUGACUCGAAAAAGCGUAAAUGUCAUCACGGGUUUCUAUCUACGGAUGGAUAGAGAUGAGAGGUGUAUUUGUGAACAAACACAUAUUGUCACUCGCAGACAACAGCCCGUUCGAGAUAGUUAGUGCCAUUGCUGUAGUGAAAGGGAUGUGUUGCGUUCGCGUUCUGCGAGGAAGAAAAGUUAUAUCUUGCACACCAUCCUACUGCCGGGUCGCAGGAGCUGCUCGAAAAACGGUUGAAUAAGUAUCACGUGUUUCUAUCUGUGGGUAGAGGAGGAAACGUACUUACAACAUAUACAUACAUACCAUCACUGAAAUAAUGCCCGUUCAAGGUACACCCAGCAGUGUGGUCGGUGCAUUGUGAAGUCUUCGCAGUCAGGGAGGAAGUUUGUUUUGUUUUCCUACAGUACACGUUUGUGGGGAUUCUGCGUCUGGGAGGGGGGAAGU